CUCAAAUAUUAAGCGUUUCAUUUGAUUCCGUGCACUAACAAUGAUACCUCUAGCGCUUGUUUGUUUAAUAUCAUUUGCCCAUGGGCAAAUUGAUAGUAAUAACAUUAUCACGUCGCCAUCAAACUGCCUUCCACCUAAAAAGUUGAUUAACGGAAUCUGUCGAGACGUCUGGCGUCUGAAACACGAAGCCGACCAACAAAACAUCAUAACCGUUCCGCCCAACUGUAAAGAAGGCCAAGAGCUUGUCAAUGGCGAGUGCCGAGAUAUUUGGAAGUACGUGAACCCAGCAUCUAGAACAGCAGGUGACCAACAAAACAUCAUAACAGUUCCACCCAACUGCAAACAAGGGCAAAUAUUGGUUAACGGCGUGUGCCGGGAUAUUUGGAGGAUCCUGGCCCCAGCACCACGAGCAGUAAUUCCUGAGGAUUACAAAGACAAAAACACAAUUGUGGUACCACCAAACUGCAAGGAAGGACAGCAAUUAAUCAAUGGUGUGUGCCGCGAUAUCUGGCUCAGGCACCUCGGCGCGUCCCUUGCUGAUGAAGAUGAUGUUAAUGUGCUUAUAAAGAACAUUAUAGAUAUUCCAAAGCAAUGCCCAAAAGGAUAUAGGCCCGAUGCAAACGGAGUAUGUCGUCCUAUAUUGUAAAAAUCUAAAAAAACUAUUUUUCAUUAUCUAUCUCUUUUCUAUUAUUUGACACAUAGAUACGAAUGACAGUGAUUUUAGUUUUUAUUAAAAAGCACAAUCAUAAAAUGACUCUUGAUACAUAAUGUUUUUCAAAUUCAAAAACCCAUAUUAGAUUUUUAACACCCCCCUCCCAUACCUUUGUCCGAAUACAUGCUGAAUCAUCGCUGAGGACAUCCUUUCAAUCACAACACCACUUAUCAAAUUAUAUACUACAUCUUAUAUAUAUAUGUACGUUGAACUGUUAUAUACCCUAGACUUCACAUAGUAAAAUGUAUGUAUGUAUAUUUAAUAAAGAAUAUAUU